UUGACCCAAAUUUUUCUUUCCAUGAAGUGGAUCUAUCACUACUUGCCUACAUUUUCGUGGAACGAAGCCUAAUAAAUGCAACACACCAACAUAUGUGAAUCGCAUUUACCUCUCUCCCAUUUUACCAACUCUAGUCGAGCCCCCAAACACAAAAUACACAUUCCCCCCUCACUCUCUCAUCAUCCAUCUCUCCAUUCAACCUCUUUCUCCUCAGCAACUACCAAGCAAGCUCUAGUACCAACUACCAUAACCAGAAAAUAAAACAACAAAAUCUGAAAAUUUUCAUCAAACACAUAUCACCAAAAUGUCCAACAAGUCCCCAGUUUUUCCCUUAUCAGACCCUCAACACUUCAGUGACUAUGGUUUCGACCCUCAAAUCAACUAUUUUCAGGUAUUAGAAGAAGCCAUGAAGCACAAACGAGAAUCUUCAAGAUCCAUAGACUCAAUACACUUCAAGCUACAAAAACCCAUUUCAAAAGAAGAAUCGAGAAACAAGAAUCACAAGUCAAAGAAGAAACGGUGGUGGAAAAACGCUCUUUUCUUCUUCAAAUGGAAAUGGACCCACCACCACCACCACCACCGUGAUGAUCGUUACGACGACGGCGAAAACAGUGACAUUCAUCAAGCCCGGGCUAAGGCCUUCCGGGCCACUAUUUCCGGGCCUGUUUACUUAACAGAGAGUAGAAGUGGAUCGACUACACCAUACAGGAGUUGUAGUAGGCCUUCCUCCGGUCCACUCGCCGGGAGCUUGAUGCCGGCGGCGAUUGGUGCGGUGGAUAUACCUUACUUGAGUUUAAGAGAGCUUACAAUGGAACAGCAACAGCUGCAGCAACAGAGGAUGUCUACCUCGGCUAUGCCUAUAUACUUGGUUACUUGAAUUGAAUCUUUAAAUUCAUGUAGUAUUGAAAAAGUGAAAUGUGAAAUGGGUUUGAUUUUUUUAUUUUUUAUUUUUCAAUUUUGGUUUGGUUUUUAUUGGAUGGAGUAUUAUAUUUUGAACCUAACUAAAAGUGUUUGUUUUGAUAUGAUAUGAAAGUGUGGAUUCUCCUUUUGGUCUUA